AUGAACAAUGCAGCUUCCCCUGCCUAAGCUAAGGAGACUAUCCUCUUUGUAGGUUUCAAUUAGGAUGCCGGUUGCUUUACUUGCGGUACCUCCGCAGGCUUUAGAAUCUUUAAUACUUUCCCAUUCAAGGACACCUUCCAUAGAGGUACGAAAGCUUAUUUGAAGAUUACAAUAAUGAAUAUAGAAUUCGAUGGUGGAAUUGGAAUAGUUGAGAUGCUUUAUCGCACGAAUAUUAUUGCUCUUGUGGGAGGCGGUGAUUCCCCCAAGUAUCCUCCUAACAAAGUCAUGCUUUGGGACGAUUCUCAAAUGAAAUGCAUUGGAGAGCUAAAUUUCAAACAAGAAGUGAGAGGAGUCAGACUGAGAAAAGACAAGAUUAUCGUUGUGUUAGAGAACAAGACUUACGUGUACAACUUCUAAAACCUGAAAAUGGCAGAGGUAGUUGAGACAAGCAGCAAUCUAAAGGGAUUAUGUGCAAUGAGCCCAUCUAAAGAUGUCUGUGUUAUGGCAUGCCCAGAGAAGAAGGUAGGCUCCGUGAGAGUUAUUCACUUUGACAAAGGAAACAAGACCUUGAUGAUAAAUGCUCAUCAAAGCUCUUUGGCUGCCUUGUCUUUAAAUAGUGAGGGAAAUAUCCUUGCAACAGCUAGUGACAAGGGAACUUUAAUAAGAUUAUUCGAUACAGACACAGGUUCUUAAAUCUAAGAAGUCAGAAGAGGAUCAGAUCAUGCUGAUGUGUACUGCAUUUCAUUCGACCCAGUUUCCCGUUUCUUGGCUUGUUCAUCUGACAAGGGAACUAUUCAUAUUUUCUCAAUCAGAGCUGAUGUUCACUUAGCAGCUCAAUCUAAAAGAGAUUUGUGCGAAUUAAACGCCGCUAAUGAGGAAGAGCCAAAUAAAUAAUAAAACUUGCAAAAGGAAGAUACCAGCAGUAACAAUACCAAGAGUAUGUUAUCAUUCAUGAAGGGUGUAUUACCAAAAUACUUUGAUAGUGAGUGGAGUUUCGCAUAGUUCAGAAUUAUCGAUUCAUCUGCUAUUUGUGCAAUUAGAGAUAAUAAAGUUAUUGCCAUUUCUAAAGAAGGCAAUUACUAUCUAGCUGAUAUAGAUCCCAAGGCCGGAGGAGAGUGCAAGAAGAUUCAACAGAGAGGGCUUAUUCAAGAAGAGGGAGCUUAAUGA